GUGUGUUAGUUUUAAUGUUCUUCCAUGGUACCAUCUAAUGAAGAUGCGCCUGAACCUGUGUUUACAUUUGGUAAACACAGAGGACGCACUUUUCUUGACGUAUAUAACAACGACGUGAAUUACGUAAAUUGGAUGAAGUCAUUAUCGGAUCCCUCAGAUAAAGUCUUAGAAUUUUGCAAUUUCAUAGCUAACUAUGAAACAGGUAUUAAAGUAACCAAUUCAAAUUGCGAAGGUCAGUCAUUUGAUUCCGAUACUACAUUUAAUUCGCCUAAUGUGCCUUCUCUGGACCAUGCGAUAAAACCUUAUUCUUCUAACACACAUACUCCAAAACGCAGCCUAUCUGAUUUAAAAAAUCAAGAAAAUUACAAGGAAACGCUUUGUAUGUCUAGUGAAAAGGUAGGAUCCCUCAAUAAGAGGCAAAAAUACUCAACGAUGCCUACAUCAAAUGAUUCCUCUAUUCAGCAAUUUUCCCCCAGCGAAUUUAAUUCGCCAUCUUUACAGGAUAUUUUCAAUUCUUUGGAAUCUAAAAAUGAAAGCUGUGUGACUACGCAAACCCCUGGAGAUACUACACACUUCUUAGAAUUUGAAGGAGUUAUUGCUCUGGUGCUCUACUCUGAAUCGGAAUUCUACAUAAGUUACUGCAAAUCGAUUAACGCGAAUUAUACCAGGUGGAGCUAUUACGUACCACCUCAAUUGUAUGAGCACCUAAAUAAACUAUGUCUUACCACAACUCAGAGACUAAUAGCAAAGGACAAAUGUACAACAUAUAAAGCUUCAGACUAUAAUUUGGUGCUAAAAUCUUUGCGUAAUGUCAUACGUGACAAAAGUCAAAUAGAAACUAUACCAAAUUUUAUUUUAAGAACAUUUCCUUCAUUUUCAUCAUACGCCAAAGACUCUAAGUUACCUCAAAAAACGAUGGAAACGCUCUUCGAUAAUCAGAGUCCAUACACAAAAAGAAAUGCUCCAAAUCUUUCUAGCCUGAUUGGAGAAGAACUUUACAGAGAGCUUAAACCAUUCCAACAUGAAGGUGUAGAAUUUGGUAUAAGAAAAAAUGGUAGAGUAUUAAUAGGGGAUGAAAUGGGUCUAGGAAAAACACUACAAGCACUUGCAAUAUCGGCAUUUUAUUCAAUCGACUGGCCAAUGAUGAUCGUUUGUCCAUCAUCACUCAGAUUUCAAUGGCGUGAUCAGUGUAUACGUUGGUUACCACACUUAGUGGACCAUGGUGAUAUAUUCCUUGUAAAAAACGGAAGAAAUGAUAUUCCCUUACAUGCAAAAGUUGUUAUAAUUUCUUAUGAUUUAUUAACCAAAAAUGAGAGAUUUAGACAUAAUUAUAGAGUUAUUGUGAUAGAUGAGUCACACUAUCUUAAAAAUCGUCUAGCAAAGAGAACAAAGCAAAUUGUGCCACUAAUUAGAAUGGCUAAACGUGCGAUUUUACUCUCAGGUACACCCGCAUUAAAUCUUCCUUCCGAAUUAUAUGAACAAAUUUCGUGUAUAAUACCUGAAUUUUCAUCAUAUAACAAUUUUGUUGAACGUUAUUGUGAGAAGAAAAAGAAUUGGUAUACAAAUAAAAUGGAAUAUGUCGGAUCAAAGCAUACACACGAGCUUCACCUAUUUCUAGUUAAAACGGUCAUGAUACGUCGAUUGAAAGAAAAUGUUUUGCAUGAACUUCCACCGAAAAUACGCUCUAAAAUACCGAUUGAACUUCCCCCAAGCUUUCUAAAAUCUUGUAAGGCCGCUCUAAGUCCAUUGGAAACAAGAAUACUCUCUGAUAAGGAUUCUGACAAUUUCGAAGAAGAGUUCAAAAGCUUUCAAGAUAUUUUCAGAAUGACUGGUGAAGCAAAAUGCAAGGGAGUUUGUCAAUAUAUUGAGCAUUUGAUAGAUACAAAUAUCAAAUUUUUAAUAUUUGCGCAUCAUAUGAUCGUUAUGGAUUCUAUAGAAGACAAACUCAAAGAAAAAGGUGCGAACUAUAUACGCAUAGAUGGUUCAACAAGUCUUGACAAAAGAGAAGCCUAUGUAAAUCUAUUUCAGACCGAUAAACACUGUAAAAUUGCACUGCUAUCACUAUCCGCAUGCGGAGUGGGCCUCAAUCUCACUGCAUCAUCAACGGUGGUCUUCGCCGAAUUAUUCUGGGUCCCAGGUCAAAUGAUUCAGGCGGAAGAUAGGGCGCACAGACUAGGAACAAAACAUACAAGCAUAAACAUUCAUUACCUAAUCGCCGAAAAUUCGGUAGAAGAAACAGUUUGGAAAGUUAUAAAUCGCAAAUGGGAAACAAUAACAUCUACACUUAAUGGUCAAAUAUCAAAUCUUAUCCUUUCCAAGGAUGACAAAAAAAACAUACCACAGAACCAACACUCUAUCACAAAAAUGUUCAACUUAUAA